AUGGAGAACGACCAUCUUCCCCCUCAGGAACGACCUAUUCCUCAGGAAACUGUAGAGGAGGCGUGCAAUGAGGGGGAGAACGACCAUCUCCCCCCUCAGGAACGACCUAUUCCACAGGAAACUGUAGAGGAGUCGUGCAAUGAGGGGGAGAACGACCAUCUCCCCCCUCAGGAACGACCUAUUCCACAGGAAACUGUAGAGGAGGCAUGCAAUGAGGAGGAGAACGACCAUCUUCCCCCUCAGGAACGACCUAUUCCUCAGGAAACUGUAGAGGAGGCGUGCAAUGAGGGGGAGAACGACCAUCUCCCCCCUCAGGAACGACCUAUUCCACAGGAAACUGUAGAGGAGGCGUGCAAUGAGGAGGAGAACGACCAUCUUCCCCCUCAGGAACGACCUAUUCCUCAGGAAACUGUAGAGGAGGCGUGCAAUGAGGAGGAGAACGACCAUCUUCCCCCUCAGGAACGACCUAUUCCACAGGAAACUGACGACGAUUCGUCCAUUGUAAUGGACUGUGGCGGAGAAUCACCUCGAAGUAUUACCUGUUCAAGGUGGAGUUCAGAUGCCUGA